AUGGAGUUUACACACUCCCCUUUUUGGGUCCAAAUUUGGGGAUUUCCAUUUGAGCAUAUGUCAGAAGACACUGGGAAAGACAUAGGAAGCAGGCUGGGAAGAUAUGUGGAGACUGAUACAAGAUCUUGGCAUUUUGACCAAGCUAAGUUUAUGAGGGUUCGGGUAGAGCUAAUGGUGGACAAGCCUCUGCGAAGAGGUGGGUACAUCACAAGUCCAAAAGGUGCAAGACUGUGGGUCACCUUCAAAUAUGAGAGGCUCCCUAUAAUAUGUUUUUAUUGUGGAAGGAUUGGUCAUGAUGCUAGACAUUGUGCAGUACCAAUAGAUGCACAGAGCCAAGAACCCCAGUAUGGUGAUUGGCUUAGAGCCAACGACACAUAUAAGGGAAACAAUGAAAGAAGCAAACCUUGA